AUGGCCGACAGGAAGCGCGGCCGCUCUCCCUCCAGAUCACAGUCGCGCUCGAGAUCCCCGCCGCGACAGCGCAAACGGCCGGGCGCUGCGUCCAGACUGUCCGUGGCCGACCGCGAGGCUGCCCGUCAGCGCCAGCUGCAGCGCGAGCAGGAGGCGGCGCGCACCGCACAGCAGGAAGCGGCGUCACGUGGGGUGCACGAUGUGGUCAAGCAGCACUACAACAUGGUGCCCGAGCGUGGGCGCGAGUGGCGGCAGACGGACAGCAAGAUCAAGGGCCUGCGCAGCUACAACAACUGGGUCAAGUCGUCGCUCAUCCAAAAGUUCAUCGGCGACGACCGCAACCUCAAGAUCCUCGACAUUGGCUGCGGCAAGGGCGGCGACCUGCAAAAGUGGCAGGCCUCGCGCAAGGUCGAGCUGUAUGUCGGCUGCGAUCCCGCCGACGUCUCCAUCAAGCAGGCCAAGGACCGCUACGCCCAGAUGCAGAAGAAGUCACGCCGCCUGUUUCACGCAGAGUUCUACGCAAAGGACUGCUUCGGCGAGUGGCUGGGCGACAUCCCCAUCAUCAAGGACGUCGGCAUCGAUCCCUCGGUGGGGCCCGGCAACGCCAUGAGCCAGCGCUGGGGCGGCGGCGGCUGGGACAUGGUCACGAUGAUGUUCUGCAUGCACUACGCCUUUGAGAGCGAGGCCAAGGCGAAAGGCAUGCUGCGCAACGUCGCCGGCGCGCUGAAAAAGGGCGGCCGCUUCGUUGGCUGCAUCCCCAACUCGGACAUACUCUCCGCCAAGGUCGUGGAGCACCACAAGGCGAAUGGGACGGCGCCCGCAGAGAGCAACGGCGCCGACGACCAAGACGACCGGCCAGCCUUUGCGAGCGACGAGGACGACGAGGACGACUGGGACCCGGAAAAGAGCCUCGACAGCCCCAAGCCCGACGAGUCCGAGCACGCAGACACGGCAGAUGAUGUCAAGGACAAGGACGAGGACGAGGACAGGGACAAGGGCAAGGGAAAUGCCAAGGACAAGGACAAGACCAAGGGCACGAAAAAGGCAGACGAGCACGAGGAUGGCGAGGUCGAGGAGGAGGGCUUCGCAUUCGGCAACAGCAUAUAUCGCGUCAAGUUCCCGGGCAAGACACCGCCAGACGGCACCUUCCGCCCGCCGUACGGCUGGAAGUACUUCUACUUCCUCGAGGAGGCCGUGGAGGCGCCCGAGUACGUGGUGCCGUGGGAGGCGUUUCGGGCGCUGGCCGAGGACUACAACCUGGAGCUGCAGUACCGCAAGCCCUUCCGCGAGGUCUGGGAGGAGCAAAGGGACGAUCCGGAGCUGGGGCCCCUGAGCGAGCGCAUGGGCGUGAGGGACCGACGUACGGGGCAGCUGCUGACGUCGGAGGAGGAGCUGGCCGCCGCCGACUUUUACCACACGUUUUGCUUCUACAAGGUCUAG